UUUAUUCACAUGUUUAUUAUGCCCUCGGUAACAAAUUAUUUCUUAAUAGGCAUCUCCAUUUAGAAUUGUGUCAAAUUGCUCGCCAAUUAAAUGUAAUAUUUGGAAUACAAAUAACUAUGACACUAGGUGCCUAUAUGAUUGUAAUGAUAAGAAUAUGUAACUAUAUUUUUAUACAUAUAAAAACAAAAAGUCGUUUCAUGGUCACAUCGUUGAAUUGGUUCAACCUUCCUUAUUGGAUAUUCUUACAUGUGGCAAAAAUCUUUUUCUUAAAUUAUAUCUGUGAAACUGUUAGUGUUAAGUCUAAAAUGGAAGGAAUAAUUCACCAGUUCACAAAUCUUCGUCAAUAUGCUGAUAUUCGUGAUGAGAUUUAUCAGUUUGUAUUACAUAUGAUGUAUAAUCCAUUGAGAUUCACAGGACUGGGCUUCUUUUAUCUUGGCAAUUGCUUUUUACGAAAAAUUGUUAUGACAAUUACAACAUUUGUUAUUAUUAUAAUGCAGAUGUCUUCCAUUCCACAUAAAGAAUACUAUGGUUUUUAAAAAAAUCAAAUUUUAGUAAAGAGAUAGAAUCAUAGUAAACAUUAUAAUUGUUAUUUUUAAAAAAAUAUAUAAAAUAUAUACUCUGUUUCUAUUAAUAAAUAUUGUAUAAACUGUAAUAAAUUAAUUACUAUUUUUUCUGUUCUAAUUCUUUUCUUUAUUUUUCUAGCAAAUAUUUAAACAAUUUAGACAUGUUUUGGUAAUUCGUAAUCAUAAAUAAAUAUUUAUCAUGAAUUUAACAACAAGAAAAAAUAUAUAAUACUUUUAAAUAUAAUUAAAGUAGUUUAAUUAUUAAAUUAUAAAUAACAAAAAUAUUAUCUUUAUAUUUUUUAAUAUUAUAUAAUCUGAAUAUUAUAAUAAGGCUAUUGUUCUUUAAAUCAACGAAAAGAAUAAGUAAAAUUAAAUUAAUAUAAAUCAAUAUAAAUUUUUUUAAUGUAAGUGAAAUUAAAAAAAAACAGUAUUAUUAUUUAUGUCUUAUAUGAUAUUUUGUUACAUUAGGGUUAUUUAACAAGCUUAAUAAUCCAAUAAUCGUAUAAGAAAUUUCUUUUACAUAUACAUAUAUACGUAUAUGUAUAUACAUAUAGUAUAUGUAAUACACAUAUAUGUACAUAUAUACAAAAUCUUGU